AUGAACCUCGCCGGCCUCCUUCCACAGGGCCGACAAACUUUCUUUCCCUCAAGGAAGGAGGAAAGAGGAGCAAAACAGAGUCUUGAUUUACUUUUUUUUACUCACAAAAUCCAAGUGGUGUUAGAAAGCUUAAAGGAAGACGGAAAGACGCUUGACUUUUUUUUUUUUUUAAACAAAAACCGCCAUCUGGAAAUCUCUAGAAGAGGAAAAACGUGACCACAAAAAGACGUUACUUUUUCUUUUUGUAGAUUUUCUUUUAUUUUGAGACGUGACCAAGCAACUUUGUGAGAAGAGGAAGUUGGCCCAUCACUUUUUAAUAUUUUUUUUAAAGAAAAGUAGAGACGAACUAAAAACAAAAGAAGACUUACCGCCAGCACCAACAUGGAUUCUGGAAAGAAAAUUACCUUCCCCUUGAUGCUGUGCGUGGGGGCCGCAGUCAUCGGCUCCCUGCAGUUCGGGUACAACACAGGCGUCAUCAAUGCUCCUCAAAAGAUCAUCGAGAAGUUCAUCAACGACACGUGGGUGGAGCGCUACAACGAGCCCAUCAGCGACGGCACCCUCAAAGCCAUCUGGUCCACCGCCGUCUCCAUUUUCUCCGUCGGCGGCAUGUUCGGCUCCUUCUCCGUCGGGUUCUUCGUCAACCGCUAUGGAAGGAGGAACGCCAUGCUCAUGGCCAACGUCCUGGCCCUCCUCUCCUCCGCUCUGAUGGGCUUCUCCAAGAUGGCGUCCUCAUUCGAAAUGCUCAUCAUCGGCCGCUUCGUGGUGGGCUUCUACUCCGGCCUCUCCACCGGCUUCGUGCCCAUGUACGUGGGCGAAGUGUCGCCCACAGCCCUGCGAGGGGCUCUGGGAACCCUCCACCAGCUGGGCAUUGUCGUGGGCAUCCUCGUCGCGCAGGUGUUUGGAAUGGACGUCAUCCUGGGCAACACUGACCUGUGGCCGCUCCUCCUGGGCUUGAUCUUCGUCCCCUCGGUGAUUCAGUGCGUCCUGCUGCCGUUCUGCUCGGAGAGCCCGCGCUUCCUGCUCAUUAACAAGAACGAAGAGAACAAAGCCAAGAGCGUGCUGAAGAAGCUGAGGGGCACCAACGACGUGAGUGCCGACAUGCAGGAAAUGAAGGAGGAGAGCCGGCAGAUGAUGAGGGAGAAGAAGGUCACCAUACCGGAACUUUUCCGCUCACCCAUGUACCGCCAACCACUCCUCGUCGCCGUCGUGCUGCAGCUCUCCCAGCAGCUGUCGGGCAUCAACGCCGUCUUCUACUACUCCACCAGCAUCUUUGAGAAGGCUGGAGUUGCGCAGCCGGUCUACGCCACCAUCGGCGCUGGUGUUGUCAACACGGCUUUCACUGUGGUGUCGCUGUUCGUGGUGGAGCGUGCAGGCCGCAGGUCCCUCCACCUGCUGGGCCUGCUGGGGAUGGCGGGCUCUGCCCUCCUGAUGACCAUCGCCUUGGCUCUGCUGGACCAACUCAAGUGGAUGUCCUAUCUGAGCAUCGUGGCCAUAUUCGCCUUCGUGGCCUUCUUUGAGAUCGGCCCGGGUCCCAUCCCAUGGUUCAUCGUGGCAGAGUUGUUCUCGCAGGGGCCGCGUCCGUCCGCCUUCGCCGUGGCCGGCUUCUCCAACUGGACCGCCAACUUCAUCGUGGGAAUGGGCUUCCAGUACCUGGAGGCGGCGUGCGGCGCAUACGUCUUCGUCAUCUUCAUCGCCCUGCUGCUCUUCUUCUUCUUCUUCACCUACUUCAAGGUCCCGGAGACCAAGGGCCGGACUUUCGACGAGAUCGCCUCCGGUUUCCGCCAGAGCGCCGUGGGGGGCGGCGAGAAGCAUUCGCCCGAGGAGCUCAACAGCCUGGGCGCCGACUCCCAGCUCUGAGGAGUCGGCCGCCCGGCGAACUCUCUUUUGUUGCUCGCGGCUGGGAGGCGCGAGGGGGGGGGGGGGUCUGCUCUCUCUCUCCACGUAGACCCCCGAGUCCCACCGGGGGGUGCGCGUCCUAGACAUAGACGCGUCCCCGACUAGAAUCUUUCUCACACUGUCGUCACAUUUUUUGCUUUGUGAGCGUCCGACUCUGACGUCCUUGACACUGGGCGUGGCCUGGGAAAUGUGACGGAAGGUUUUUCAUGUUUCAAAGAUCUCUUCCAGACUUUUGAGAGAAGAUUAAGGAGUUCCAGUGCACCCGGUUUUUUAUAGAUCUCCUUUUAUCACUGACUAUAAAUGUUGUUUGUUAGCACGGCACUGUAGACUGCACUGCCUCCUUCCUACACCAGAUAGCGCACUUGUCCUGCUAAUACUCGCUUCUUAGAUAUUUAUAUUUCACCUUCUUCACCACAAUUAUUAUCAAAUUGGAGUCAAUGUUGGGGUCACACUGGAAAAAAUACAUUUUACAAGAAGAAAUAUGGGAUUUUAGGACAAAAAGAUCAACAUUUUACACCAGUGAAGUGUACAAAACAACUUUAAUGAAUGGAAUUGACUUGAAUAAAGUUCUAGUUGUGCAAAAAAAAAAAAGUGGAACAACAAUAAGUUCAGAAAGAUUAAAUUUAAUGGGGGGAAAAAUGUACGCAUUUUACAACAAUAGUCCGAAUAUCAUGAUGAAAAGUCAGUUUUGUGAGGGACAAAUAAUGUUUGGAAACCAAAGUGAAAAGAUUGCGACUGGAGAAAGUUUCAUGAGGGGAAGAAAAGUGACUUUACGGGAACAAAUUUUAGUGGAUUUUUUUACAAAUAUUUUAAUUAUUAAAUUAACUAAUAAAUACUUUAAAUUUAAAAUUAAAUUAAGAUUAAAUUCCAUUUAAAUAUAUUAUUAAUUUUGUGAGGGAAAAACGGUGAACAAAUUACAUUUGCUAUUAUAUAUAUUACAUUUUAAUUUAAAAUGUAAUUAAAUUCAAAUUCAAACACAUUACUAAAUAUUUAAAUUUUGUGAGGGACAAAAAAGGUGGAAUGUGAAAAAAAUUGUGAUUGUUUUUUUUGUGAGGGGGAAUAAAUGUGAUUUUACGAGAACAAAUAGUGGAAUCGACAAAUAUUUUAAUCAUUAAAUUUACUAUUAAAUAUUUUAAAUGUAUUACAUUUAAAUUAAAUUCCAAUUCAAAUAUAUUAUUAAAUAUUAAAAUUUUGUGAGGGACUAAAGGUACAAUGUGAAAAGAUUGCGACUGUUUUUUUUUUUUUAUGGGGGGGAAGUUAUGUGAUUUUACGAGAACAAAUUGAUUUAAUUUAUGGAUUAUUAAAUUUACUAUUAAAUAUUUUAAUUUAUUAAAUUUAAAUAAAAUUAAAUUUUUAUUUAUUAUUCAAUAUCUUAAUUUUGUGAGGGACAAAAGUUAAAAUGUGAAAAGAUUGGGACUGUUUUUUAAUGAGUGGAAGGACAUUUUAGUGGGAUUUUCAAAACAUUUUAAUUAUUAAAGUUACUAUUACAUAUUUAAAAUUUUAAUAUACAAAAUUUUAAUUCAUGCAUCCAUUUUCUACCGCUUGUCCCUUUUGGGGUUGCAGGGGGUGGUGGAUCCUAUUUCAGUUUUAAAAUGUAAUUACAUUUAAAAAAUGUAACCUUUUUCCUUGUGGCCCUGACACUUGACUUCCAGUUGUUACACUUUUUGGUUAAUAUUACAUCCAAAAGGUAAAAAUCGUACAUUUAUUUCAGUGUUUUGCGGGGGAGGGGGUGAACUAUGGACCAAAGUGAAAGUGAAAGUGGACUUGUCACCCCGAACGCUGUCUUACUUCUGCUGUAUCUCAACAAUCUACUUUUUAGCUGCACUUUAUUCUUAUUUUGGAGGAUUUUGUCUGGGGAAACUACUCGACUGCUGUUUUGUGUCAUUUUGCUUAUUUUUAUUGUAGUUUGGCAGGACGGUGGUGUCCAACUUGUGGCCCCCGGAGCUCAUUUUUUUGAACAGCAUAUUUGUUAAAAAAAAAAAAACUAGGAAAUGUGCGACGAGAAAAAGUCAAAAUGUCGACACUCACAACACAAAUGUUUUUUGUUUUUUUGUUUUUUUGUUUUUUUUAUAAACGGUUUUGAAAGUGAAAAAUGGUCAGUUUGUACACCCCUGCCCUAGGACAUUCCAUCAUCAAUAUUAGCACGUAUUGAUCGCCACAAGUGACCUUCACACGCCCUCGCCAGCAUGCCCUUACCAAGAUGGCCGCCUACCGUUCUGAAUUUCAAUAACAAACAUGUAUUUUCGUCAAAGGAGAGGAGUAUUUUUUAUUUUUUUUAACGAAAUGAUAGAAAACACGUGAGGGAAGGGAUUCAUACGGCCCCGUUCCUGGUUGGAUCUCGCGCGAGAGGACGAGUUCACCCUUUUUGGAAUGCAGGCUGCUGAAAAUGACAGAAAGCGCCACUCCAUAUGGCUAAAUGUGGUCUCGUGUUAAGAUACUCAACUCUAUGCUGCAAUCUGGCAGCCAAAGUGAACAGUGCACUUCCCCGGUAUGUCACGUUUCAUGUGUCGGGUAAACCACGAUGAAUGGGGCCCUAUGAAUCCCAUUUCCUGCUGAUUGAAGAGAAUUGGAGUAUUUACGUUACAUGUUGUUUAUGAAAUGUUGUCUUGAAACACAAUGGAAUAAAACAAACACAAAAUAGUCAAACUUAAUAACGUGUUGUAGAAAAUAUUUGACUGCAAAAGGACUGUCCUUUUUUUUUCUUUUUCUUUUUUUUCUUUUUUUUAAAUGAGGCAUUUGGUCUUUUUUUAACCAAUCAUCAGUUGAUACCAACAAGGUGUUCUCUUUUUAGGGCACAACACAUUGUAGUGUUUUCACAGAAAUAAAAGAAUACAAUUCAA